AUGGAGCCGCGGGCCGGCUGCCGGCUGCCCGUGCGGGUGGAGCAGGUCGUCAACGGCGCGCUGCUGGUCACCGUGAGCUGCGGCGAGCGCAGCUUCGCCGGGAUCCUGCUGGACUGCACGAAAAAGUCCGGCCUCUUCGGCCUGCCCCCGUCAGCUCCGCCGCCCCAGGCCCAGGACCCGCCUGUCAACGGCUGCCACGGGCCGGCCCCCACGGAGGGCGACACAGAGGCGAUGCAGCUGGGGACAGGCCCCCCGCCACCUCCCAGUGGGGACCAGGUCCCUGGGACCGCCAGCCCCGAGCCGCCCCCGCUGCCCGUCGGAAGCCUGCCCCCGUUCCCGCCCUAUUUUGAAGGCGCCCCCUUCCCUCCCCCGCUCUGGCUGAGGAACACGUACCGGCAGUGGGUGCCGCAGCCGCCCCCCCGGGGCAUCAAGAGGACACGGAGGCGCCUGUCCCGCAACCGCGACCCUGGCCACCUGGCCCUGAGUCCCAUCCGCCUGCGGCCCCGCCAGGUGCUCUGCGAGAAGUGCAAGAGCACCCUGAGCCCCCCAGAGGCCAGCCCCGGCCCCCCGGCUCCCCCCCGGCCGCGCAGGGAGCCCCGAAAGCCCGAGGACCCCAACGGUGGGGGUGACACCACCGCCAAGAGGGGGAAGAGGGAGAGGCGGCAGGAGGCGCGGGCCCGGGGGCCCCGGAGCCCGGGCAUCAAGAUCUCCUACAGCACGCCCCAGGGCACCGGCGAGGUGGUGGAGAUCCCCUCCCGCGUGCACGGCUCGCUGGAGCCCUUCUGCCCCCCGCACGCCCCGCCCGGAGGCCCGGACCCCGAGGCGCCCGCCUCCCUCCCCAAGCUGAAGCUGACGCGGCCCCUGCCCCCCAGCGCCGCCCCGCCGCCCCCCAAGAUCCGCCUGAAGCCCCACCGCCCGGGGGCUGGCGAGCAGGAGCCCGUCUACAGGGCUGAGCUGGUGGAGGAGCUCGAGGGCUGUGGCCGCGGCCCCCGGGCCGGCUCGCCCGCGCCCCUGGCUGGCGGCUCUGCCCGCUCUGGGCUGGCGGACUCGUCUUCUGGAAGUUCCGGCGAGGACGACGACUGCAGGGGGUGUCCCCGAGGGGAACACGGGCGUGACGGCCUGGCUUUUCUUGCCGCCUGCCCCCGGAGAACUGGCUGUGCCGGCGUGUCGGUGUGGAGCAGCGACAGCCUGGACGAGUCCAAAUCGUCCAGCUCGGAAGUGACGUCACCAGACGUGUGUGACCUCUCGUCUGGCGACGGCGCGUCUGUGCCGGCCUCGUCCAAGGACGCGCGGCCAACGGUCCCACCCCUGACGGUCAGGCUGCACACGCAGAGCGUCUCCAAGUGCGUUACCGAGGACGGAAGGACCGUGGCCGUAGGGGACAUCGUGUGGGGUAAGGUUCAUGGUUUUCCCUGGUGGCCAGCACGUGUCCUGGACAUCAGUCUUAGCCAGAAGGAGGACGGCGAGCCCUCCUGGCAAGAAGCGAAAGUCUCAUGGUUUGGUUCUCCAACUACAUCGUUCUUGUCUAUUUCAAAACUCUCCCCUUUCUCUGAAUUUUUCAAACUGAGAUUUAACCGUAAGAAGAAGGGAAUGUAUCGGAAAGCUAUAACAGAGGCUGCCAAUGCCGCCCAGCACGUGGCCCCGGAAAUAAGGGAGCUCUUAACCCAGUUUGAAACGUAA